AUGACUGAACGAGUCCAUAGAAAUCUUAAACCAAUGUUAGCACAAUAUGCUCAAGAAAAUCCACAAUCAUGGGAUCAACAUCUAUCGAAACUUGCUUUUUCUAUUCGAACUUCAGUAAAUGAAACAACAGGUGAUACACCAGCAUAUCUUAAUUUUGGACGUGAUCCUAAAUUACCUCCACACCUACUCCUAACCACACCGACUCAUGAUGUACCUCUACUUCCCACAUCUCUAUCCUCAGAAAUCGAAAAUUAUAAACAACAACUUCGUCAUCAAUUACUUACAUCUCAUCAAUUUGCCCAAGAACAUAGUGAAGUACGCAAACUUCAGCAGAAACAUCAGUAUGACAGUCAUAGUUCUAAAUGUUCUUUUAAAGAAGGACAACUUGUUUGGGUUAGCAUUCCUUCAGUAUUGAAACAUGGAAAACUUGAUCCUCAGUAUCAAGGUCCUUGUCGCAUCACUCAAGUUCUUACUCCCUCUUCUUUUAUUAUUCAGCGUCUCUCUGACGGAGUAAAUUUAGGAGUCACCAACAUUGAUCGACUUAAACCAUUUUAUGAACCGAAUGAUAUUCGUGUCAACAAUACACGAAAUACACCAGAUCAAACUUUAAAUACACACCCACAACCAUUGAUGAGUAUCGAUACAAGCAAUGCUACAAAUAUGAUUCCUUCUCGCCCGUCAAACAAUGAUGACCUCUCUCCGUCCACUAUUAUAUCAACGUCCGAUUCGAAUACAUAG